CCUCUAGAAUCAAUUCAAUUUGAGACUUAUUAUGGAAUCGAUGUACAGGUUGACGGAAAAACCUUUCGGAUGUGGAUCGAUACUGGCAGUGCUGACUUCUGGGUACCGGCGCAGAACGUCAAAUGUGUCGAUAAAAAUUUGAUGGAGAUACCCCAGUCACGAUGUAAUUUCACUCAGUUCACACCACCUACAUAUUCCGGUGGACAGAUUCCGGAUCGAAACUUCAAUAUUACGUAUGGCGAUGGUGAGCUGUACGUGGGGACCGCUGGCUAUGAACCAGUCACUGUUGGGGGCUUGACCGUGAAAAGACAGACAGUAGCCAAGGUUGAACUGGCCUAUCGAAUCUCGGCUGCGCACAAUUGGAAUGGAAUCAUCGGCCUUGGCUUUCCCAAUACCACCAAUGUCUUUCCAGGAUCAGAUCCAACUAAGGACAAUAUUACCUAUCCUAAUCCUCACAAUGCAAUUCCAUACAAUCCAUGGAUGCUUAGCGCUUUUGAGGAUGGUCUCAUUGAGAAGCCGGUUUUCACACUUCUACUUGGGCCCCAGGGCCGGAGUGAUGGAGAGAUUGCUGGCUCGAUGAUUAUAGGAGGGGCUGCGCCACCAAAUUCAGUUCAAUAUGGGGGAGUAACCGCCAGUACUAAGCUCAGGAUAUUCCAACCACCAAUACGCAAUUACUGGUGGAAUUUUGUGCCAGACGGAAUGAAAAUUGGUGACCAAUUCAUCCCGUGGGACGAGCCUGCGAGUUUCGACGAUGGCAUGUGGCCCUAUCUUGUAGACUGCGGUGCUGGUUACUCAUAUCUUCCCCUCUCAACUAUGGACCCAUGGUUGAAAACAUUCGAUCCACCUAGUAUCAGUACUAACAAUGGUUCCUAUGCACCAUGCAACGCUACGUUUAGCUCUGUAGCUGUUCGAAUCGGCGGAAAAGAUAUCCCGUUCGCAAAUUCAUCUUUGCUACUACCGCCGCCAUAUGGAGCAGUUGAUGGUAUGCCAGGAUAUUGUUGGACAGGAAUUCAAUCCUGGGGUUAUGUUCUAGGAGGAUCAUUUCUGUCGGGUGUGGCAGCAACUUUCGAUAUGACUUCAGGUUCUGAGAAAAUGGUGUUUAGCAGUAUA